CAACUUGACAGUAGAAUGAGCGUGCUGUGACUGCUGGGGCAGGUGGGAACCACUCACCGUUGGCAGGCAGACAUACUGUUUGGUUCUACCGCAGCGCAGCCUUACAGCCAAGAAAAGUCCCCGUCUUCAAGGAUUUACUUCAGACUGAGAGACUUCAUCUUCGGUGGGACUGGUAAUCUUAAAAAAAAUCCACGACAGAGGACAAUGUUUCUCCUGCAGUACACCGGUCUCAGUGCUCUGCCCUUUGACCCCACGACCAGCAACAACCCUAUCCACUUCAAUAGCUCUAAUGGGCCACCGGUAACGGAGUGUCCUUCCCUGGAAAACACUACUGAAGACGGCAACAAGAGGAAAAGAACCAGUCUGCCUCCAGUUGCAAACCAUAACAUGACCAUGGCUCCCAACUCCAUGACAAUGCCCAUGUCAGACCCCAGCACCUGGGCAACAGCCAUGAGCAACCUGGGAAUGCCUCCGAUGAGCAUGACUGGACAGCAGCCCAUGCCAGAUUUUGACCCCAGUCUCGGGCUGAUGACUGGCAUUACCCCCAUGAAUCCCAUGAUACCUGGCCUGGGAAUGGCGCCCUUGCCCUUCUCCCAGGAUGCAACAGUUGUCAGAGAGAUCAUCCACUGCAAAAGCUGCACGUUGUUUCCUCCCAACACUAUCCUUCCGCCUCCGGCAACAAGGGAACGCCCUCCUGGGUGUAAGACGGUGUUUGUUGGCGGUUUGCCUGAGAACGCAACUGAGCAGCUGAUCGUGGAGGUCUUUGGACAGUGUGGGGAUAUUGCUGCUAUCAGAAGGAGCAAGAAAAACUUCUGCCAUAUCCGAUUUGCUGAAGAGUUCACUGUGGACAAGGCUCUCCUCCUCUCUGGCUACCGUAUUCGUUUGGGCUCCAGCACAGACAAAAAAGACUCCGGCCGUCUCCACGUGGACUUUGCCCAGGCCCGAGACGACCUCUAUGAGUGGGAGUGUCGCCAGCGCAUGUUGGCCAGAGAGGAGAGGCACCGGCGCAAGGUAGAGGAGGAUCGCCUCCGGCCACCCUCCCCUCCUCCCAUCGUUCAUUACUCAGAGCACGAGUGCAGCCAGCUGGGAGACCAGAUCAAAGAUGAUAAUAAGUUUCCUGAAGCAGUGCGUGUGCUCUCGACCUGGCUGGAACGAGGUGAAGUCAACCGCAGGAACGCCAACAACUUUUACUCCAUGAUCCAGUCAUCCAACAGCCACAUCCGCCGGCUGAUGAGCGAGAAGAGUCAGCAUGAGAAGGAGGUGGAGGAGGCCAAAGACAAGUUCAAGACUGCAAUGGCCUCCAUAUUGACUCAAUUUGAACAGAUAGUGUCUGUAUUCCAAGCUGCUUCCAAACAAAAGGCAUGGGACCAUUUCUCCAAAGCUCAGCGAAAGAACCUGGACAUGUGGCGCACGCAGGUUGAGAAGAUUAGAAACAUGCACAACGAGCAGCUGAUAGGCAUCAGGGGAGAAGAGGAGAUGGAAAUGUCUGACGAUGACAUGGAGGAGUCCACUGGUACCAACAGCAAAGACUUUGAGGACUCAGGUGUCUCCCAAGCGGAAGCCUUGAAGGAGGAGAACGACUCUCUGCGCUGCCAGCUGGACGCCUACAGGAAUGAGGUGGAGCUGCUCAAACAGGAACAAGGCAAGAACCAACCAAUGAGCAGUGAGGAGGACACCACACACUCUCAGCAGCUCAGCUUCCUGCAGCAGGCUCUGCAAGGCAUGCAGAAGCAACUGAUGAGAAUGAGGGAUGGGUUGAAGGAGCGAGAGGCAGAGCUUGAGAAGAGUAUUGAAGAAAAACAGCAGCUCAAGAACCAAAUCAAUGACCUCAAGUCAGGACUGCACAACCUGAAGACCACACACACACAACAGCUGGAGACGUUAAAGGAAGAUGACAGAGGGAGCGAACAGAGUGCUAAUCAAGUCAGUGAUGUAACAGCAUCAUCAGUGGUGUCCUGCAGUCAGGACAAGGAAGGUCUUCCAGAGAAGAAUUGUCCCUAUCCUGAACAAUCAGAGAGGGAUGCACUGCUAAUCGGGAUCAUUUCGACGUUCCUGCACGUCCACCCGUUUGGAGCCAGCAUCGAGUACAUCUGUUCCUACCUGCAGCGUUUGGACACCAAGAUCAACACCAGUGAGGUGGAGGCUCUUCUGUCUCGGCUGCCCUGCACCUUCAGACAGGAGCUGACUGGUGUCGGAGCCAGUUUGGAGAAACGUUGGAACUUCUGUGGCUUUCAAGGCAUCAAGAGCACGUAGGACUCUGCCGGUGACACUUCUGGGACAUGGAAGCGACAAAAUGCAGAAAAGGCAACACAGGUACACGGAGGACACUCUAGAAAUGUGGAGGAAGCCCACAACUAAUGGAGACACUGGACGACGCCUGCACAGACAAGAGCACAAAUUAUACAGAGCAGAUCUCAGAUCAAGAAGGGGUGUUCUGUGUAGGUGGCGGACAGAUACAAACCAAUCUUGACAGAGCUGUGGGAAUGGUGGUAUUUUUUAUACUUGAGCCCACAAUUGACUCAUCUUACUGGCAGACCUGGACUAAAGGGCUACACAGGAAGGUCAUCAAGGUCUACUCUCAACCUCAAAUCUCUCUGACUUUCUUUUUUGCCUCUUAUUGAUUUUGUUCAAUCGAGUGAAAUAAAUUCUUAUAUUUCCCU